ACUAAUAUAAAUCAAUACACACACUGCUGUUAUGGCAGUGUAGUGCGGGAUCGCGUGCGGAUUUGUACCAAACUUUACAUUUUUUAUUUGAGCUUUUAUCAUUUACCGGAUAAUAUGGCUAUCCAAUAUAAUAGACAUCAAUUUCUAUUGUUAAUUCAUAUUCUAUGUUAUGCUGCAAUAAUUCAUGGCAUUUUAUUGGAUACAAAUGAUGCUGAAAUUUGUAAUCUGCUGUGUGAACAAUGUAACGCUUCUGCAGUUUUUUCGGAUGACUAUUGUGAAUGCAAUUUUUCUGAUGAUAAUGAUGAAGGUACAGAAUGCAUACAGCGUUUACAAAGGGAAAUUCAGACUAUCGACCUGAAUGUACUUUCUGAUGACCUCACGGAUGAGGAGCGAAGUGUGCGUUCUAUUUUAAAAUCUAGACGUCGUCUCAGAAUGGGAGAUGCCGACAAAGUGGCACAGUAUUUUAUUAAUGGAGGACCAUCGGCUGGUCACUCCCAUUUUUUCGGAGCGUAUAAUGCGGCUUACGAUAGUGCCGAUCCUAGGACAAAUUCGUUUUCGGGCGUAGCUGACAAAAAUAAUCCCGAAAGUGAAUUUUAUGAUGAUGUAUCAUCACACGUAUCGUUAACCAGUCCCAUUUCACGGAGUACAUACAACUCUCCAUUGUAUGUGCUACCAGAGGCCGCAAAGCACGAGGAUCCAGCUACGCUCGACGCAAGAGAGAGAUCUUUGACCGGAUCAGCGAACUCGGUCCUCAAUUAUCCACCAAAUGGAUGGUAUGAUUUAUUAAGUCCGCUGUUGGGAACUUAUCCGUACGGAGGAUACAGAUACGGAGUGCCUCUUCACCACAGCGUACUAAGAACGGCUACUCUUCCGUCGCAAUUAUUACACAAUUUAUUUGCACAUCGUUUACCAAACCGUUAUCCCAUGUAUCAUGGCAGCAUCGUCAGAAGCGCUAAUCCAUUACAAGAUAGUUUACCCUUCGUCGACAGAUCAUGCAAAAAUGUCGAUGAUGAUGCUGCUUUAUAUGAUUCUUCCACCGCCAGAAAUAACGCGGAUAAAUCUGUCGCGUACAAUGUUGGUGAAAGUAUUCCUGGAUCAGACUUCCCAGUUCAAUUCUCGCAAUUCAUAAAGCCAUAUAUUUUCGGCACAGACACAUUACAUCAACCAAUGCAAUAUCGAUACUUUGGUUCUCCGAAUCCUCAAUAUCCUUAUUACAACCCUUUGAUCAGUGUACUCAAUCCUUUAAAUGGAUAUAUUCUCCAACCUAUCCCGCAAAGUUUAUCAGAUCAGCUAAUUUCGGCGCCUAAUCCAACUUCAUGUUACACGAAUAACGCAAAUUCUGAACAGCGAAGUGAUGCUGCAGUUCUUACCGAUAAAAUUGUAAAUGCUGAUGAUAAAACAAAAGGGCUUAAUAUAAUUGCAGAUAUCAUUUCUAAAGAAGAAAAUAAAGCAGAUAGUGGAGGCAGUCAAUAACAAAAUAUAAAUUAAAUAUCUCCAACUUGGAUGUAUUUGUAAUUUAAAGGUUUUUCUAAUAUUAUUGUAUUAUGAUUUUAUAGGAAACUACAUUUUCUUAGAACUUUUCUAUUAUAUUUUCUUUUAUAUAGACAUAUAUAUUUUUUUAAUAUUUAUAUAUAUAUAUAUAUAUGCGUAUAUGUACAUACAUGCACGUACGCAUAUCAUUCAGACAUCUUAUAUAAUAAAAAAUAUGUGCAAACCAAG